GCGAUUCAAAAGUGUUUUGCUCACUCAACUGCGCGGUGCUACCCAAAAUUAGAUUCAAUUUCUUGAAAUAUUUCCAAUAGUUCUUAAUUUUAAAUAUGAGAAUCCUAGCGGAGAACCAUGUCCACCUUUUGGAUCCCUCCGAGCUAAUGCGGCCAGAGCCCUCAUUCGCUGACAAGAAUCCGUCCAAAUUCCGGGACUACAGUGUGGACACCACCGAUCCUUUGAAGGAGCGUGUCCGACAGACCUAUCGUCAGAUGCACCUGAACCAGACCGUGGACUUCGUCAAGGGACGCCGUGAUCGCUGGCUAAAGUUCAACACGAUUAAGAUGACAGUGCGCGAGGCCCUGGAGAAGCUGAACGACCUAGUGGAUGAGUCCGAUCCCGAUUUGGAUUUGCCAAACAUUAUUCACGCCUUCCAGGCGGCAGAGCGAGCACGAGCCGAGUUCCCGGAGCACGAUUGGCUCCAUCUGACGGCCCUCAUUCACGAUCUGGGCAAGAUCAUGGCCUUCUACGAUGAACCCCAGUGGGCUGUGGUGGGGGACACCUUCGCCGUGGGUUGCCGUUGGGGCGACAGUAUCGUCUAUCGGAAUGAGAGCUUCGAGGGUAAUCCCGAUGGGAAUAAUCCCGCCUACAACACGAAAUAUGGCAUUUAUGAACCCAACUGUGGUGUGGACAAUUUGCUAAUGUCCUGGGGUCACGAUGAGUACAUGUACAACGUCCUCAAGCACAACAAGACCAAGCUGCCUCAUGUGGCCUGCAACAUCAUUCGCUUUCACUCCUUCUAUCCGUGGCACAACGGCGGUGACUAUAAGCACCUGGAGGCUCCUAAGGAUGCGGACACCAAGAAGUGGGUCCUGAUUUUCAAUCGCUACGAUUUGUACACUAAGAGUGAGGUGGUUCCAGAUAUUGAUGCUUUGUGGCCUUAUUAUCAAACCUUGAUUGACAAAUAUCUUCCAGGAGUAAUUGAAUUCUAAGUAAAUAAACUAACCCCUUGUCAUUAUCAUUGAUUUACUCAAAGGGACUGACCGAAGUUCCUUUACCUUAUGCCAUAUAUAUACUUAUAACGUAAUUUACUAAAAAUGUAUGUCUCUUAUAUAAACUAUAUACAAAUAAUUUACAAAUACUGAACCUAAA